UUCCUUAUGUGGAGCGGAGGGAUCUGGGGGCCGGGCCUCAGAAACACAACUUUUAAACUUUAUUUAGUUUUCAUGGACGAACUUUCUCCGAACGUGUUUCCGGCGCCGCUCGGUCGCUCGACCUGAACCGGACCGGGCUGAGAGCAGCGGCUAGGUGGCUAGCUGCUAGCUGCUAGCCGGUAGCUAGCGGUGCUGCUAGCGGACUCUGCCCGGGCUGCAGCUCCCUGCCCCGGCGGCACGGGCCGUGUCACCCCGGGAGGAGGAGCUGUCCAGGCCGGGGACCGCUGGCGGGAAGAGGCGCAGGAAUGGGAACCAGAACCGGACCCGGACGCCCGGGGGUCACGACCGGACCCAGCUCUGACCCCGGAGAGUUCAGCACCGAGGUGAUCUACAGCGGCUCGGACCAGGACUCCGAGUCCGGGGACGAGGAGGACCCGGCGGGGACCGGAGGGGACCGGAGAGGACCGGCGGGGACCGGAGGGGACCGGAGGGGGGUGAAGAGGGAGCGGAGGGAGAGGGACUUCGGCCGGCUGUCCGCGCCCUCCUCCGGGGGACAGAGCCGGGCUCACGCCGGGCUCAGCCCCGGGGCACCGGGGGCCAAACCCGGCAAGAAGACCCGAGGCAGAGUGAAGAUCAAGAUGGAGUUCAUCGACAACAAGCUGAGGAGGUACACGACCUUCAGCAAGAGGAAGACCGGCAUCAUGAAGAAGGCGUACGAGCUGUCCACGCUGACCGGGACCCAGGUGCUGCUGCUGGUCGCCAGCGAGACGGGUCACGUGUACACGUUCGCCACCAGGAAGCUGCAGCCCAUGAUCACCUCGGAGACGGGCAAGGCUCUGAUCCAGACCUGCCUCAACUCGCCGGACUCGCCCCCCCGCUCAGACCCCUCCUCCGACCAGAGGAUGAGCGCCACGGGCUUCGAGGAGACCGACCUCAGCUACCAGGUGUCGGAGGCGGAGGGAGGCGCGGAGGGCGCCAAGGAUCUGUUCAAACCAGUCUUCACCUUGUCCAACCUGCCCAUCACCACACAGACCACGCCCCCUGCCUCCUCUUCACCUUCCUCCUCCUCCUCUUCCUCCUCUGUGUCCAUGCAGGUGCAAGGCGCUGCCCCCCCCUGGCAGCUGCCCGCCUCCACUAACGGGACCGUGGUGAAGACGUCGGGGGGGGUCAUGCUUCCUGCAGGCUUCACCUUGAUGCCAGGUGGCUCGCUGCCCCCCGGCACACACACCAUCCCCCUCACGCAGCUGCAGGGCCAGUCGGGCCACACCCCCACGCUGCAGGCUCCGCCCACACAGGCCACCACGCUGCUCCGCCUUCCCGCCACUGUGACGCUCGCCAGCACAGGGGGCGGAGUCUCUCAGCAGCUGCAUACUGUCCAGGUUCAGCACAGUCAGCAGAUCUCCACCAAUCACAGCAGCUCGGACAUCCACAGCCCCGCCUCCUCCACAGUCAGUCUUCCUGUCUCCUCCUCCUCCUCCUCAGUAGCCGGUCACAUGAUGUACCCCGGUGGUCACACGGUGAUGUACGCCGCCCCGACGCCCGGCCUCAGUGACGGCAGCCUCACCGUCCUCAACACCUUCUCCCCGACAGGUCACGCCCAGUCACAUGACCCCGGCUCUGUCCCGCAGGUCUUCCUCGCCACGCUGCCUCCGGCCGGGACGCAGAUCCCAGUUCAGCUCCAUCAGAUGGUCAUCAGUCAGCAGAGCAGCAGCAGUGACCUGACGGAGCUGCAGGUCGUCAGUCUGGACGUCCACCAAUCAAAAGACGACUGAUGGUCACAUGACGCACGCUUCAUCGCAGUCAACCACUUCCUCACAUCCUGUGUUUGUUGUGAUAGUGCUGCAGACAUCCUGUUUACUUCUCUUCUUCAUCAUCAUGUACACGUGUGUGUAACAGUUUUAUAAUUGUAUGUUUUUAUCUUCAGUAUCUUUUCUUCACAUUUUAAUUUGAGAGAAAAAAAAAGUGCCAAAAAACUCAGAUGUUUUUCAUUAAAAUCUCUGAAUCGUGUUUUGAUAUCAGGACUUUGAUCAGCUGGUUGUUUCCUCUGAUGUGGACCAAUCACAGACGAGUAUUUCUCUGGUAUUGAUUCAAUUAUCACUAACAUUGACACUGAAAUUGAAAAAGAACAAUAAAUGUUUAUAUUGAA